AUGUGGGGCCCACGCGUCCCCAUUCAUCCCAUCUCUCUCCAUCCUCCAGCUCCGACGCUGACUGGGACCGCGGCUCGGGCAAGUGGCGCCGUGGAGACCGUGGCGUCCGUGCAACGGAGCGUGGACAGGGAGGCCGUCGUGUGGGUGCUGGCGACAAUCACAGUUUCUGGUUGCAUCGAGGAGCAGAGCAAGAGGCGCGUGGCCACGGCGCUCACUGCCGACACGCCGUUCAUGGCCGCGUCCGUGGCAUGUGUGCGGCGGAGUAGGACCUCGCUGGAGACGCGGGUGGCUGCGGCGAGGCUGGUGGAGUCGCUGCUUCGCAAUAUGGCUGUGGUCCCAGGCGCGCGGGCGGCGAUGGGGGAGUCCGAGGAGCUGGUCGGUGAGCUAACCCGCCUUGUGUGCCCUAUGGACGACGAGAAGAGGGGCGACGACCUAGACAGGAAGGCUGUGGUGGCAGGGCUGACGUGCCUGGCGGCCAUUACGGCGACGUGGUGCACUCGUGCCAAGAUGGUCCGAUUGGGCGGGGUCCCUGUCAGUGCCAGAGCUAGAGGAAGGAGAGGAAGGGGUUGA